UACAGGUUAUGUUUGUAUUGAUAUUUUAUCCUGAUGCAUUUUAUCGAAACAACUCUUGAUAUAUGACUUAAAAACUCAUUAAAAUGUGUUUCGCACCGUUUAAAAGGUUGAUACAUUGGGGCCCUUUGACGGCUGUAGGCAUUAUUAAAUUGGUGACUGGAAUGACGAUACAUUGUGGCACCAUGUGGUGGCCCCCAGUCACUUUUUACGGGUUUUUAAACACAAUGUUGUUUUUAACAUUAUCUGGAAUGACUUUGUAUAAUUUUUUAUCUUCCAUGUUUUUGGGGCCAGGGUAUUUACCCAAAGGCUGGCAACCAGAAAACUCCAAGGAUACACAGUUUUUACAAUGGUGCGGGGUUUGUGAAGGUUUUAAAGCACCCAGAUCUCAUCACUGUAGAAGAUGUGGUUUUUGCGUGUUAAAAAUGGACCACCACUGCCCGUGGAUAAACAAUUGCGUAGGGUGGGGGAAUCACGGGCAUUUUACGUCGUUUUUGUUUUUCGCCACUCUUGGAUGCUCCCAGGCGUCCAUUGUUUUAAGUUGUUCUUUGUAUAGGGCCAUUUUUAGGACUUAUUAUUUGUAUUAUGGGACCGGUUUGGAGCCAGUGGUUGUUUUGAGUUUGGUGGGGAAAAUUAUGACGGUUUUUGCGCUGGGUUUUUCCAUUGGUGUUGUCAUUGCUGUGGGGUUGUUAUUAUUCUUCCAAGUUAGAGGUAUACUGAGAAAUAGUACUGGCAUAGAAGACUGGAUUGUGGAGAAGGCCAACUACAGGCGCCGCAACGAUGAGGCGUUUAUUUUUCCGUACGAUUUAGGGUUAAAAAAAAAUUUUACGCAGGUUAUCAAUUUUUCCUGUCAACCCGUUGGCGACGGGAUAAUUUGGCCGGUGGCCGAAAAUUGCGAUCAAUAUACUUUGACUAAAGAGCAAAUAGAGCAAAAAAACGAAAAACGGCAACGUUCGAAAUUGUACAGGGUUGUCGAGUCUGCUUCGGGCGCCAUUUUCCCCAUAACCAAGGGUGUGAAAACGUGCCUAAAUUUUCCGUACAACGAUGAACCAAGAAUUAAACUAUCGGUUGGCGACACUGUAGUUGUCACUAGAUGGAGAAAGUUUUGGCUUUUUGGAGAAAAAGUCCAGGAAGAAAACAUUGAAGGGAGAGAAUUUAAUAGGGUUAGAGGUUGGUUCCCAAAAAUUUGUGCCAUGGAAAUAAUGGAGAAUAUCGCUGGAAAAAAGACAAAAUAA